UAUAAUACUUUUGCCCUCGAGUUAAUCACCACCGAGUGACAAGAACCUAUUCUUUUUUAACAUGUCACAUUAAUUAAACGAACUAACAUUUGGUGUAUUUGCAUAUAAUAUAAAUAGAUAAUAUAUCCAGAUGUUAUAACGAAGAACAUCGCCCUGAAGCUCUGUACUUGGCUUAAAUCAAAAGGGUAAAUAAUUGAUCAGUGGUAAUUGGUGCCGGCGGAUAUAUCAGCUGGUUCAUCCUUCUCUUCUAAGCCCAAGAGAUCAAGCGAUAUUGCAACUGAAUGAUUAAUUAAUUAUGCAUGACUAAGUUAAUAACCAUACGGAAAAAUUGUGGUUCACGUGAAAAUAACCAACUUGCAAGUACUUAGUCAUUCAAUUAACAAAGUUUGGUUGUACUAUCGGCAUGGGAUAUAAUGAACAUAAUCAAGCUCUCUUGUCUGCGAAUGGGUAUGCCCACUUCAUUAGACUUUACACAUGAUAUUAUAACAUUUGUUUUUGACUUUAAUUGUUAGCUCAAACCCAAUUAAGUGGGUAAUGGUAAGAAGCAACUACUCCUCUUCCCAGAUCCCUAACAAAUCAACUAACCUCAAUCUUAAACAACUAAAAACCUCGUCAUUAGUUAGCUUAUUAUUAAUUGUUCCUAGUCAAUCACUACUUUAUACAAUCACUAUAUAAACAUUUGUCCAUCUCCCAUUUGUUUCCCACCAGUAGUACGAAGCAUUUCAACACACAAACAUAGACACACUUUGUCUUUAAUAUUUAAACCUCAAUUGCAAGAGAAAAUGGCGAAGGAGUCUACCACCAUUGAGGUCGGCGAGCCCAGCACCGUGACCAAAAGUACAAGCCAUGUCGUCGUGGACGAGAAGAAGAAGAAGGGCUUUGUGGCAGCCACCGCGGGAGGCGGUUACAAGAGAGGUUUGGCCAUAUUCGAUUUCCUCCUACGUUUGGCGGCCAUAGUAACAACGAUCACGGCUUCUUCCGUCAUGUACACCGCUGAGGAGACUCUUCCCUUCUUUACUCAGUUCUUACAGUUCCAAGCCGGCUACGAUGACUUUGCCACAUUUCAGUUUUUUGUGAUAGCCAUAGCCAUGGUCGCCAGCUAUCUCGUCCUUUCACUUCCUUUCUCCAUUGUAACUAUUAUCCGUCCACUUGCAGCCGCACCCCGGUUGAUCCUCCUCAUCUCCGAUACGGUAGCUUCACUAACAAAACUAUUCCAAAUUUUAUUACAAAAUUAUAGAUUUCAUAGAAACUCAUCCUCUUCUUAUGUUAUGGUGAAGGUGGUCGUGACGCUUGCCACAUCAGCGGCGGCUGCGGCAGCUGCAAUUGUCUACCUUGCACAUAACGGCAACCCAAACACCAAUUGGCUCCCCAUUUGUCAGCAGUUUGGAGACUUCUGCCAAGCCGUGAGCAGCGCAGUUGUAGCCUCUUCUAUCGCAGUUGUCUUCUUCAUCAUUCUCAUAGUCAUCUCAGCCAUUGCCCUAAAAAAGCAUUAAUUUCUCAUUUUCUUUCUUGUAAAGAUCGUAACGGACCUAUAGAUGUUUUUUCUUGUGCUUGUUUGUGAGUAUCAUGAUGUGGGUAAAGUAAUUGAAGUUGUUUAUGUUUUAAUGCAAAGCUUUUGAUUCAUCUAGAGGCUCUUAAAUAUUGA